UUCUAUUUUGAAACAGUCACGGCGUAAACGUCACCUCCUGGUUUGUGUAGAUUGGCUUUUCCGUUCUGGCACAUCAUUAUUGUGAUAGUAAGUCUUGAUAUAAGUUAGUGAGGGUUUUGUUUCAUAAUGUCAGACUUGGAGGUGCGGGUGGUGUCCAUUUUGCGGCAAAUGGUUGACACUACAGUGAGUGAAAUGAAGAAAGUUAUCGGCGCCUCAGUGAAGAAGAGUCCACAAGAAGAGUCGCAGGGCGAGGACAACAACGUGCAGGUGGUCCUUCCUCUCAGCACAUUCAUGACAUCUCUGGCCCAAGAGGUGGCGGAGAAGAUCUGCCAGCUUUUCUACGAAUGUUCUUCUCUGCUUCGCUUUGAAGUGUCGCAGGGUGAAGCUGAGGUUGAGGAGCUGAGGAAGAGGCUGCAGGCGGCAGAGACCGACCUGAGUCUGUUGCUGACAGUAGGUCGCGUGGAGGAGACGGAGGAAGUAGAAGUCACGCUCACUAAAGAGGAGGAGGAGGAGGCUUGCUCCCUGCAGCCCUUAAAAAAGAAGCGUGGCCGAGUUGGGGGCGCCUGCGGGGUCAAAAGAUCGCCCAUUGUUCACCUGUGGAAAGGCAGAACUUCCGAGGAAAGUGUCCAUCCAGCACCAAUGGAGGACACGUGUGUUGUUGACCAGAGUUUACAAGACACAGACGCCCACAAUCAGCAGGAAGAUGCAAGUACUGCAGGACACACGAGAACAUCCAAACGUGCAGUCAGAGCGCGCCAACGCGUGUGCAGACGUGGCCUCACAUACAGCUGCCAGUUCUGCCAAAAGAGCUUCAGCAUAAACGGCAACCUGCAGCGCCACCUGCGCAUCCACACGGGGGCAAAGCCAUUCAGCUGCGACACCUGCGGAAAAAGCUUUAACCAGUCGGAUACGUUGAAAAGUCACCAGAGGAUCCACACGGGCGAGCGGCCCUUCGUCUGCAACACCUGCGGAAAGACCUUCAUCCAGAAGAGCGCCCUGAGAACACACCAGAAGUUGACCCACGUCACAGACAAGACGCAGGCCUGCGUGGCGUGCGGCACCGCCAUGUCCUGCGUCGACUUGCUGGACGUCCACCUAGACACGCACCACGCCAGCGUCCCGUGCGAGUGCGUUCUCUGCGGCCGACACUUGGCCUCCGUCAUAGAGCUUCGCUCACAUCAGCAAGGCCACAUGAUGGACAAGCUGCACGCCUGCGGCCUCUGCGGGAAGAGCUUCAAGUCGCCAAGUUACCUAAAGAGUCACCUGAAGAUGCACUGCGGGGAGAAGCCGUUCUCCUGCGACAUCUGCCUACGCUCCUUCACGCAGAAUAGCAGCCUCAAGUUACAUCAGGCGGUGCACACGGGAGAGAAACCCUUCGGCUGCAACACCUGCGACAAGCGCUUCAGCAGCCUGGGCAACCGGAACCGCCACCUGCGCAUCCACACGGGCGAGAAACCGUACAGCUGCAACACGUGCGGCCGCCGCUUCAACCAGAGCAACAGCCUGAAGGCACACCAACAGAUCCACACGGGCCAGAAGCCAUUCAUUUGUGACAAGUGUGGCAAGGUCUUCGCCUACAUGAGGAACCUGAGGGACCACAAGUGCUUCUACGUGUGAUCCCGCCUACGCUCUCUGCAAAGGUUAUCAAACAACUUUUACAGAAAUUGCUUCAUCGUCACCUGUUUUAAUGAUUGUUAUACCAAAAGAUCUUCUGGUGCUGUUGGGAAUGUCCAAAAACUAGGAUAGCUGGGCCAAAAGCUAUGAUGGUUUUAAUUGAAUGUAUGACUAACUAGUACUACUACUUUAGUUUUGCUUGUGUGCAAUUCAAGAAGUGUCAAUGUUUCACACAGCAUGGAGCCCUGUAGAACCCCAAAAACUGACUUUGCAUUGCCUCUGGUUAAUGCAUUGUUGUUAAGUAGUAAAGAAGGUGAGGGUGUGAAGUGAUUUAAAACCCUUUUUCAUUGUUCCUGUAACAUGUGUUGCAGUGUGAAGCGCAAGCUGCCGUGACAGCACAACAACAAGAAGUCACUUUAGUGCUGGAUGUAUUGAUGAUUCCACAUCCAGUAUUUUCUUCCCUAAUUGGUUUAUCCACAGCUGACCGGACACUGAUGUGGAUGCUGCAUCUGUCAUCCCGGGCAGUACAUCCUCACCACUGAAUGGAAAUAUGGACUGCUGCUCUCAUUGUUCUUUCCACCAUCGAUCGUCACAGUCUAGUGUUAGCCUCCACCCAGGGGUGACUGUGUCCGUCUGAGCUCCAUCUUUUUUAAUAUAUUUUUUAUGUCAAUCUGGAAUUUUAUUUUUUAGCUUUUCGGGUAAAGCAGAGGGAAGAAUGAGGCCGUGGGUUCGCUCCAUCAGGUCCAGAUCAGUUCAGGUAAGACAUUUGAGGACAUUUCACUUUUGUCUUUGUGCAUUAAAAUACAUGAAUGGAUCCAUUGGUUAAAGUAUUCAUAGAAAAACUAAAGAUUGUCAAUAGAAA